AUGUGUCGCAAGUGGACUGGGGCGUUGGUCUCCCAUGACCUUCUUAUUCACCCGUCCCAGCUUGUCGGCGACAUCACCAAAUGCCCAACCUACAAAGAAUACCAGUCAAGCGAAACCGCUAUCCGGUCUUUUUGCUCUCAAUGUGGGAGCGGACUCACAUGGCGAAUCAUUGGUGUGGACGACAUGAUUGUCAUCAUGACGGGUACACUUGAUGAAGAAACGUUGAUUGGGAAGAAAGUUGAGGGCAGUGAGCAGAGUACCGAACUCGGCAUCAAGUUCGAUCGACAAGGUGGACUUUACAAGGAGCUCUGCACGCCGCUCAUGGGCAAUCUAUUCUGGAACAAUGUGAUUCCUGGUGUCACUGAUCAUGAUGUUGGAGGGACCAAAUUCUUACAAUCGUUUCCGCAGGAAUGA